GUCGAACUUCAUUUCUUUCUUUUACUAAUUCAAGACCAUCAUGAGUGGGAAGAAAGUAACAGUAACGUAUUGUGACGAAUAUGAUGUGUGGCCCCUGAUAGCUGACGACCUUUCUUCUCGUCUACCUCUGAAAGGACUCGUAUGGCAAUCCUCAAACCAACGCGUUGAACGACAUAUUCAAUCUCUUGAAGUUGACUUGAAACGAUUUAACUUUGAACAAGUUCCUCAACCACUUUCCACUACACAGACAAACUACUUGAAUCUUUACUUUGUCUCCUGCGACGACAAUGAGGCAUACAAAACUAAAGUACGGCGACAAAUACGCAAUUGGGUAGAUAUCAUCAUGACCAAAAAGAAUCAAGAUUGGCUUAUUGUCUAUGUAGCAAGUCCUGACUCGAAGAAGACCAAUAGUUAUCUUGGAUUAAAGUCAUCUGUCUAUGAUAAAAUACGUACUGACUUUAAUCAAGGCAAACAAGAGAGGUGUGCAUAUAUUCGUAUUAAUGACUCUGAUGGACCUUCUUCUGAACUUUGGACAACUUUUGUAGAAAAAAUGAAAGAAAGUAUUCUCACUAGUUUCGAUAUGCAAGUACAACAAAUACAAGAAGAUACUCGUCGCUUAGAUAUGCAACGUCACAUGCCUGGAUGGAAUUAUUGUACAUUCUUUAUCUUGAAAGAAGGAUUAGCCCAAUCUUUUGAAAUUAUGACUCUUUAUGAAGAUGCAUUGAUCCAAUACGAUGAACUUGAAGCUUCCUUUUUCCAAGUGUUAAGAGACAAAGCUUUAGCAUGGUUUGGUCAUUUUGGUGGAACAGAUCCGGGUGAUGACAGUGGCAACAUUAUGGAUUUCAAACGCAAGGAUUACCGUGAUUUGAUCAACAAGAAUAUUAUAUCAGUAUUUGAUUUUCGAAGUUAUUUAUUCGCAAGACAAUGUAGGAUGCUACUCAAACUGCAGCGUAUUGUGGAAAUAUGUUCAAGAGCUCAAUUCUUUAUCACAAGUUUUAUUCCAUCUAUCCGUGAAAAUAAAGAACAUCUGACAAAUCAUUUUCUUGAAUCAUGGGUCUUCUCGGCUUGUAUGAACGUGGUGAAUGAAUGCGAACCAUUCUCAGCGCAAAUGGCAGCGAUAGAUCCUGAUUUUAUUAGUACUUACAGCGCAGUGAAAGCAGAUUUAUUAUUGACAGCAAGACGACAGCUGGACAAACUUGGCGUACAACAGAAACAUCUUCCCAACACAGCACCAUUCUCAAUUUACCUUGAUACACAAAUUCCUCCUAAUAAUGAAACCACAACUCUUGAUGAUUCCAAAACAUCCAAUGAUAUCACCAACCAAAAAUUGCUAGAAGCAAUCGACUCUGUGGAUGCCUUUGACAAGAUGUAUAUGGCACUUAGUACAAGAGCAAUCAAAAGCUAUGAUUCAAGUGGAAGAUCUCGUGCUGCUUUGGGUGUGCAUGGCGAUAUUGCAGCAUUAAAAUAUACAAGGGAAAAAUAUGAUGAAGCAGUUCGGAUUUUUGAAUCAAUGAUAUGGCGAUAUGGUGAACAGGAUUGGAGUUUUAUCGAAAAUAGUCUUUUGGUCAAAUGUGCGGACUCACAGAAACGAUUGAACAAGAUCAAUCAAUACGUUGAAUCAUUAUUGGCUCUACUCAAGAAUUCUAGUUGUCUAUCUUCCUGUCAAGCAGCACAAUAUGCAGAUGAACUGAUCGCUAAUGUAGGAAAAUUGGAUAAAGAAAUCAAGAAACCAUUCUCUCCUAUGCUUUCUGUAUCUGUGGUGUCUAUUUUGGAUGACGAAAAGGUCGAAAGUACUAGCGUGGAAAUUUUAAUUGAAAAUAACUUGACCAAGGCUUUACAUUUUGAUAACCUUCAGUUACAACUUGUCGGCAAUGAUCCUGAAGAAACAACAUUUUACAUCAAGAACAACACCAUCCAACCUGGAAAAAACACAUUUUUACUUACAAGUGAUAUUUCAACGUCUGGAAAUUAUGUUGUGGAAUCAUGUCAAAUGUUCAUUGGAAAAUUGAUCUUCCAUCAGGUCUUCAUGAAUGCUGAUCAGAAAAAACGUGUUAUACGACUUAAUCACGACUCCAAACGACUUAUUGCCACUGUGAGUCAACCAACAGAAGUACGAUUAGGUGAACGACAAUCAUUUGCUGUACGUAUACAAUCUAAAGAAACACCGAUCACCAACGGAAGACUCUUAUUGGAACCGCAAACUGAAGGAUUGGAAAUUAUCAACACAAACAAGGUCCCUGCAAAAUUUAAAACCCACAGUGGUGACAUUAAGCAAUUGGAAUUAGAUAUGCAAGAGGAUGGACAUAUUAUACUUCCAGCUUGCGAUGCUCAUGAAGAAUUAGAAUUGGCCAUCAUAUACGAAGGAUCAUAUACCGAAUUUGAUUACAGGGUAAAGACAACGGUGUCAUAUACUUGUGCAGGUACUGAACGCAAGUUUGUUUCCGCUGAUACAAUCUCGGUGGCAGUACCACUAUCAGUGACGGAAUCAAGUAUUUUUAGAGAAACAUGCAUAUUUCUUAAGGUUGAACUAUCGUGUAAUGGAACUCUACCGGUACGUAUUCUUGGAUCAAGUCUGUCACCUUCAAAAGUAUAUGCAGUGGAAAGUCAAUCUCAAGUGAAUCAAUGGAAUUUGACUCUCUUCCCUAGACAGACCGCAACUUUUGUAUAUAAAUUAAUCAAGAGAAAUGAGAUGGAUACUGAACAAGGGGUUACUGAUUCUCUAAGGUCUAAGGUUCAUUUCGAAGUGAAAUAUCGAACUCUCAAAGACGAGGUGGAAACAAGUGUUAGCGCUAUGCUAGAACGGAAGUUACGAGAACAUCACUUGGGACAACAUUUUACCUAUGUCUUCUCAAAGGUGCGCGAAGCCUUUUUAUCAUCUGUGGAUUACAGUAGUUAUGGACUGAUGGAUGUUGUACAUUUGGAUGAUUUUGAUGCCGAACUCUGUGAAUCUUUCCUUCUUCAUCGAGAUUUGAAAACCAAAGUUGAAUUAUUGGAUCUUAUCGAAGAAUUCUUUGAAGAACAUGAGGCCAUUACUAUGAAAACGAUCAAGGAACAAGCACCAAAGGAUUAUCCCCAACAUGGUAUUUCAUUUCCAUUAGAUGUGCCCACUUCGAAGAUUUUACAUACAGCUGAAUUGAUCCUGUCCAAUGAUUCUAGUUUAAUUGUAUCCGAUGCGUGUCCAUGUGUCCUACAAAUCAAGCAAUCGACAUAUUGGUGUGCAACAACAGAUACAAAUGAUCAAACUCAAGAUUAUAUCUAUGAUAUCGAUAUUGAUUAUGAUAAUUGGCUUCUUUCUGGAAAACGAAGAUUACGAUUCAGUUCCAAGCCUGGUGAAACCAUGGAAUUUCCUCUUAGUUUGAUCCCAUUGAAAACUGGCAAUCUUCUAUUACCACCUGUUCGUGUAUCAUCUAUUUCAUCAGAUAUUUUUGCAGCGACAGUAUAUACCAACAGUGCUCAACAAAUCCUGGUAAAACCAAAAUCAAAAACAGCUACUUUCUUUAUUGAACAACAACAACGUAUUUUGGCUAUGCAACCUUCUUAUGCGGAUGAUCCGACUUCAAGAACUCUCCCAGAAACAACAGUUUGAAUAGUUUAUUUAGAUGAUCUUGACUUUUUAUACCUUCUCUUUGUAAUAAAAAUUUGUAUUAUAA